ACCACUACAAUCCGUUAAUACAAUAUUAGUUAAGAGUUUAGGAAGAAGAUUAAAGGAUCAAAUGAUAACAAAAUCUUUUAAACAUAUUCCUAGUUCUGCUAGGUGAUGAGCGGCUUGAUUCCCCUCUCUAUAUAUGUGGUUGAAGUUUGCUGAGGUAGCGUGAAGGAGAAAGGAGAUUUUCCUGAUUGUAUGCUUAACAGACUAGGGACCUGUAAAUGAUUAUUCCUUGAAUGUGUUGUAGCAAUUCCUUACAAUCAGUUUCCACAUUAGUGAGGACCAUUGCUCCUGCUUCCAUUAGUGAGGAUGCCGCUAAAGCAAUCUGCUCCACCUAUCGUGAAUAGAUUGUUAAAGGCAGCAUCAAAAUUGAGGUUGAGGUUGUUGAUGGCCUGUUUUCCCCAGAAAUCUAGUUUGACUUUUAGAUUGGCGGAGCCAUUGUUGCUAGGAAUACGUCUAGCUUUGUAGAGAGUCUGUCUUGAGGAAAUAAGUUUUUUGUGCGGAGUGGCCUAUUGACUAAUUCGUUGUGUACUGGGGCUCUGGGAGACUUGUUGUUUAAUAGAAGGAAAGUGUACUGUGUUAUCUCCAUGUAAUGGAAAGCAGAAGCCCCGGAUGAAGAUGGCCUUUCGUACUCCCAGGGGGGAUUCUCUCCGGAUUUCUUCGAUAGAAUCUCCGGGGCCACCAAAGUUGGAGUGGGGGUUUGAAAUUAGAAGACGGGUUUCCAAUAGAACCUUCUGGAGGUGGUUUGGAGGAAGGUGUUGCGCGAGUUGCAGGAGUUUGAGGAGGAACCGCUUCCGGGAUACUGACUUCCUUGAUAGAGACCCUAUCAUCUUCAGCAUUCCCAGGACUAUUUGCUUGGGUCCUGGGGUCUUCUUUGGCAGCAGUAUUGGGGGCCCCUUCAGUAGCGAGGGUCCUGGAGGUUGUACGGGCAUCACCCUCAGGAACCCCUUGGACAGCGGGGGUUCUGGACUCUUCAGCACAAGUUUCAUUGAAGGGAACCUCUUGGACAGCAGGGUUCCCAUGGCAGCAUCUGCCCAAGUCCCUUGGUCAGUCGGGGCUCCGGAGGUAGUGGGGGCAGAGUCACAGAGAUUCUUUCUCCUGGUCUCAUCGAAGAAGAAGAAACCUGCAUGGGUGAUAAUAUCUCUGGUGUGCGAGGAGUGCUCAACAGGGGCUUCACCCUUUGACUGAAUGAAAUAUUGAUGGAUUUGGGGAAGGAACUAAGAUUGGAGGUUGAAGAACUAAGCAAUUGAAGCUUCAAUGCAAUGGAAGUCAGAAACUUGAACUGGAAGGUAAAUAAAGAAGAUAGAAGUGAUUGAUGACAAGACUUAAUAAAUAGAGAAAUCGCGUUGGGUCCCGAGGCAUGAUGAUGAUUGGAAACGGCAAUAUUGAAGUGACAGUUCUAUCACAGCGUUUCCCAAGAAUUAAGUCAUGAGCGUUUU